UUUGAAGGCCCGUACACAAUAUCGCUAGGGCUCAGUCAGUUCUUGAGCAGUGACCCUCUUCCUCCUUUACCUCUCUCCAAGAUACACACACACGCAUAGAAGCCAAGCACUCGGUUAGUCGAUCCAGACGAUGUUAACUGGGGAUAUACCUCCCAGCCAAACCAUAUACAUUAAGAACCUCAAUGAGAAGGUCAAGAAAGAAGAACUGAAGAGAUCACUUUAUUGUCUAUUUUCCCAAUAUGGAAGGAUUUUGGAUGUUGUUGCAUUGAAGACACCCAAGCUUCGAGGGCAAGCAUGGGUUUGUUUCAGUGAAGUGAUGGCUGCCAGUAAUGCAGUGCGGCAAAUGCAGGGUUUUCCAUUUUAUGAAAAACCUAUGCGGAUCCAGUAUGCAAAAACAAAGUCUGAUUGCCUUGUGGAGGCAGAAGGAAACUGGGAUCCUAAUGCAAAAAGGAAGAAGAAGCAAGAAGAAAAAGCUGAACGAAAGAGACGUGCUGAAGAAGCUCAACAAUCUGCUACAGCUAAUGGUACAACUACUGAGAGUGGCAGAGGACCAGCUUCUUUCCGACAAGGAAACCGGGGUGAACAGGAAACUGCUCCACCAAAUAAUAUAUUGUUUAUACAGAAUUUGCCAUAUGAAACUUCUAGCAUGAUGUUGCAAGUGCUCUUCCAACAAUAUCCAGGAUUCAGGGAAGUCCGAAUGAUCGAGGCAAAGCCAGGUAUUGCAUUUGUAGAAUAUGAAGAUGAUGUGCAGUCCUCCAUGGCCAUGCAGGCCCUUCAGGGUUUCAAAAUUACUCCUCAAAAUCCGAUGGUUAUUGCUUAUGCCAAGAAGUAAUCUAGAGUGUUGUCUUCUAUUUCUAGCCUUAAUAAAACAGUACUAUAGGAUAUGAGGAUUGAAGAAUUUCUUUCACAACCUGGAUUUAGAUUUAUAAUACAAAUGAGAAUAUUAUACUGAUCUGAAUUUUGUAUCAACUUGACCUUUUAAUGACAUUCUUGUAUGCGAAGUUUGGUGGAGGAACAA